UAGUUGCAUUUUAGAUUUUUUUUAGUUUAUUCACUUUCAAGUGCUUAACGCUCGUGUUUCUGAGCUAACCAUCAAAGCUCACAAAUAUAUUUUAAAUGUUCAACUACAAUAGUUUAAUAUGUAGUAUACUAUGUAGAAAAAUUGGUUUGGGUCGGUUCGUCUGAAAAUAUCUUUAUUAUUAUUUUUUUAAAUUUGAGACUCAAUUUCUCGAAGUUUACUCAUUACAACCCAUUAUUUAUAUCAUACGGAUCAAAUUUAAAGUUAUUUUGUUCAACAUGGACGCCGAAAUUGAGAGUAAGUUCCCGGAAGUGAAAUUUAUGAUCACAUGUUCACUCUGCCACAAUAUCCUGUUCGAGCCUCGAACACUGCCUUGUCAACACUCGUUCUGCUGCAGAUGUCUCAGUGCAUGGACAAAGAAUAGCACGUACAGUAAUAGAGGACUGGAAUGUCCCACGUGUCAGAAUAAGUUCCCAAGUAUGACCCUGGAGGACCUCAGGAUAGACAUGAAGGUGUUGAUGCUGCAGAAGAUGGCAGGAGUGCACACUUUUGACACGGCCACGCCCCCCACUAGUGGAAGAUUGACAAACGGAGAUUCCAAAUCAACCGGUGGCAGAAACCACCUCCAAGGAGUUGAGGAUGAUUUCAUUGAGAUCGGUGACACAAAUGGAUCGAAUCUGCAGUCGGGAAUCAGAAUCCAGGGUCUCGGGGAUGACUCGGACUCCUCGUACCUCGGAGAGCCGACAGGUGAAGCGUAUGUGGACUCAGAUCUCAGUUCACUGGAUGAGAUGGAUGGAGCGGCGAAUGUUUAUCUGACUUCUGAGAGUGACUCAGACCCUGAACAAGACGAGAAGCUUCUAGAAAUCUCUAAACUAGAGGUAGUGCACAAGCUUUUUGACGAUGAAGACCUGGAUACGAGUCAGUUUGAUAAGAUCUUCCUCGACAAACCGAUCAUCCGAAAAUGCGUCGACAUUAAACAUAAAAAAGAGCAAAAGGAACCCUUCGUGCACGACCUCUCGCUGACUCGCGAUGGGAAUCUGUUCGUAGUGGACAUCAACAACAACGUCGUCAAGUGCUGUGACUCGGAGGGACUGAUUCUGAAGAAGAGUCCGAAGAAGUUGACCUUCAGACCCAUCAGACUGUGUGAACUGUACACAGGAGAGAUGCUGGUGGUGGAGAUGAACAAGUUCGGGAGGGGCAAGAUCACACAAGUCCAACGAUCUCUGGCUGACAAAGAGUCUUCGAAUAAAGACGUGCUCCGAUCCCUGAAGAAGAUCUGCGUGGUGCGUCAGAUGCCGGAGGACAGGAAGCGGUUCUACUGUGGGGACUCGGAUGGGUUUGUGCACCGUGUGAAUCUGAGGAGUCCCGAGGCUUACUUGAAGUUCCACUCUGUGCUGCCUAGAGUGUACCACAUGGCCACUGCUAAUAGCACCAUUGCAGUCAACGACGGAAAUUUGCGAGGCAACACAUCCAAAAUAGUGCGAAUCUUUGACGAGCAAGGUGACCUCAAGUGGUCUUACAGCGGGACCCAGAAACACCCCUUCAUCUACCACGGAGACAUGGUAUUCCACGGGGACUACCUCCUGGUAUGCGACUUCUGGGCAUCCAAGAUCCACGCUCUAUUCGUCCCUGGAGAAAUGCCUGCCAGAGUGAUUGACUUGAAACAGGACAUUGGUCUCCGGUUUCCCAGCUCAGUGACGACCACUGUUGAUCAUAAACUGGUGAUGGCCGCCCAGAAAGCGGGAGAGAAGAAGAGUUUCAUUUUCACGCUGGAAUAUUUGGCGUGACAAAUUUUAUCCUCAUCUAGUAAUGGAAAAUGUGCCUCAUUUAGUCAAGUUUCUUAUCAAUUUAUUGACAGUUCUAAAAAUGAAAAUUUUGCAACGCG